AGUCUUGUUUUGUGUCUUGUUCGGUCUUACAACUGCCGUCCAUGUUUUCCAGGCAUUCAUGUUCAAGAAGCGCUACGCGUGGGUUGUAAUCAUGGGCGCGCUCUGGGAAUUGCUCUCAUCAAUCAUGGGCGCGCUCUUCGCCAAGCACCAAAGUUCUGACUCCUACGCCACGCCGCACACCAUCUUCUUCCUGCUGGCGCCCAUCUGGAUCAACGCCUUCCUGUACAUGACCUUGGGCCGCUUGAUCUACUUCUUCAUCCCGGACGCCCGGCUCGGCGGGGUCUCGGCCAAACGCUUCGGCCAGAUCUUCGUCUGGCUGGACAUUAUCUCCUUCAUCGUGCAGCUGGUGGGCGCGGGCUUCACGACCUCGACCGACGCCUCCACCGCCACCACCAUGAUGGGCGUGCACAUCUACAUGGGCGGCAUCGGGCUGCAGGAGUUUUUUAUCUUGGUCUUCACCGGCUUUUUCAUCCACCUGCAGCGCAAGAUGGCCGAGAUGGAGCGCACGGGCCGGUUGGACGCGGAGAAGUUGGCGCGCGGCAGCAUGCGCUGGCGCUGGCUCUUCUACGCCAUCUACGCCUGUCUGUUCCUCAUCACCGUGCGCAUCGUCUUCCGCCUGGCGCAGUACUCCCGGGGCACCGACCCCAACAACCCCGUGCUCACCCACGAGUGGUACGAGUACGUCUGGGACGCCACCCCCAUGUUCUUCGCCCUGGUUGUGCUGAAUGUCAUCCACCCCGGCCGCGUCUUGCAGGGCCCGGAUAGCGAGUUCCCGCACGUCAGCCGCCGCGAGAAGAAGCGCGUCAAGCGCGAGAAGAAGGAGGCCAAGCUGGCCGAGAAGGAGGCCCGCAAGGACCGCAAGCGCCACCGCAAGCACGGCAGCAUCGCCUUUGAUCUGCUCGAUGCCCAGGAGCGCGGCAGCACCCCGCGUGGCUACGAUGCUGGCUAUGAGGCUGGGUAUAAUGCCGGCACCACGGCGAUGCCCGCGGCUGGCGGCGACAGGGCACAGAGAACCUGGUAUGAUCAGCAGGGGAAUGAGGUUAGACGGUGAUUUCUUGGUGGGUGGGGUAAAACAAUUGGAUGUGAUAUGAUUUGUCUGAUUUAUGCGGGUUAGAUGCUCCUUGCUACCCGUUUUCCUAUUUUAAUUACCAUUGUUUGUUUGCUCAUAAACCGUCAUUUCCUUUUGAUCGGCGAGAGAUACAACAUACAGAUAUCAAGGCGGUAGCACUUCAAGGCGCAGGGGUGUUCGGGAGUUUACUAUCUUCUUGGGUCCUUUUGUCCUCUUCUUUGUUAAUAUCCAUAUCAUACGGCAGCUGUUGCACAUAGUUGAUCAAGUUGUCACCAAAACCUAUCUUCAUCUAGUGCCAUACAUGUUCUAUCAAGUUCAAGUUGCCGACUCUACAACAAUCUCAACUAGAAC